AGAACCACAUUUGCUGCAGGAAUAUUCUUGACGAUGGAAGUAGUUUGACAACAAUACAAGUGCAUAAGACAUUAUUUUAAUGUGUGUAUAUAUUACAAAAUUUACAGGAGAUAUGUUAUAUGUUGUGUUGAGUUUUGAUGUGUUCUGUUAUGAAUAUACCAAAUUUUUUCCGCUCAAAGAAAGAGGGUCUCUGUAACCUGCAAAAGGAGUUUAAUCUUUAUAUUCUCAAACUCUUUUCGCCUCAUUUCUCUCUCUCCUCUACAAAUCUUUUUCUCUGACGCACACGCAAACACACACCCAUGGCCGUCCUCUUGCCCCAGCUGCAAUUAUCAACAGAGCAUUUCACUUCUCUAGGUUGAAGGCAGCUCAUUCCAGGACAGAGUGCGACUCAGACGCUACAGAGGAUCAUUAUGAGUGCACUUUUGGAUUACGACCAUGACUAUCAUUAUCAUGACCAUGACAAUAGUUCCAACCACAGUGACUAUGACGACAAGGAUUUUCCAGACUUCCACACAGUUUGUGACAAACAAGAGGUUCGGUCUUUCGCUGGGAUCUUUUUGCCAGUCGUCUACACCAUUGCGUUGAUCCUGGGUCUGGCCGGAAACUCGCUGGUCAUCUUAGUUUACCUUUCCCACAAACGCUUACGGACGCUGACGGAUGUCUUCAUCCUCAACCUGGCCUUCGCAGACCUCCUCCUGCUCCUGACACUGCCUUUCUGGGCUGCAGAUGCAGUGAAUGGCUGGGAGAUUGGCACAGCAGCCUGCAAGAUCACUUCAGCUCUCUACACAACUAACUUCAGCUGUAGCAUGCUGCUGCUGGCCUGCAUUAGCAUAGACCGCUAUCGUGCACUAGCCAGAGGCUCCACCACCGCCAACGCCCCAAGCAGGAGCAACGCCCGCAGGCAGAGGAUAAUCAUGUGCCUCAUGGUUUGGGGACUUGCCAUUGUCCUUGGAUUGCCAGAUAUGGUGUUCUACACCGUGAAGAAGCAGCACUCAAGUGAGCGUAAUGCCUGCCGGGCAGUUUACCCACACAGCAUGGCGCGGGCAGCUAAAGCAACUCUGGAAAUUCUGGAAGUGUCUCUGAGCUUUCUUCUGCCUUUCCUGGUGAUGAUGUUUUGUUAUUGCAGGGUUGGAAUUGUGUUGGGUGAAGCUGCAACAGCGGGUGUACGUGGUGGAAGGAGAUGGCGGGCUUUUCGGGUUUUAAUAGCAGUAGUGGGUGCAUUUCUGUUGACCCAGCUCCCCUAUAAUGUUGUAAAAUUAGUCAGAGCCCUGGAUGUGAUCUACAUUUUAGUGACAGAAUGUGAAGUGAGCAAAAACCUUGACCGGGCCAAUCAAAUCACUGAAAGUCUGGCCCUCACGCAUUGCUGCCUGAAUCCUGUGCUCUAUGUCUUUAUUGGCUCAUCCUUCAAAAUGCAUGUUCUGAAGCUUGCCAAGCGCUGUGGGCAGACAGGAAGAGGGUACCGCCAUGGCAAUGAACAGCCCACUGUCGAGAUCUCCCUUAAGUCAGGCACACAAACUCACACUCACUCUUCAUCGGACAAUGAAGAUACAAGUACGUUCACCAUAUGACACCACAAUAAAUUUACAAUGAGGACUGCCAACUAUAUUCCAGGACAUUGUUUUAAAAAUAAUAACC